AUGUCGAGAAGAAGCUCAUCUGCCGUCCUUAGACGCCAAAAGGACCUGAAGCGAGGAAUCCGGUUCACCAUGAUGGUGUGCGGGUGUUCGGGAACGGGAAAGACCUCGUUCAUCAACUCUUUGUUGGAUCGCAACAUUCUUCCACAUAGGUACCAAUACAGCAAGGCCAGUGGGGGUGAGGUGACUCGUCAGACGAUCACUUUUGCGAACCUGAGCGGUGUUGUGAACGAUGCGGCCGAGUACGAGAAGGUGUUUGACCCGGAAAACGCCGACCAGGAGCCCGGCAUAGCCAUCACAGAAACGUCUGUGGAGAUUUUGGACGAGGACGACUCGAAGCUGUUGCUGACGAUCAUCGACACCCCUGGGUUUGGAGACAACAUCAACAAUGAGCUGUGCGACACCGAGCUGAUCCAUUUCUUGGAGCAGCAGUUCGAUCUUGUUCUGGCCGAGGAGAGCAGGGUCAGAAGAAACCCAAGAUUCGUCGACACCCGGGUCCAUGUUUGCUUAUAUUUCAUCACUCCAACGGGCCAUGGACUCAGAGAGCUCGAUAUCGAGACCAUGAAGAAACUGUCCAAGUACGUGAACCUGAUCCCGGUGAUCGGAAGGGCCGAUUCGUUCACCAAAACAGAGCUUCUCAAUUUCAAGAGAAAUAUCAUGCAGGACAUUGACCAUCACAAGAUCCCGAUUUACCAGUUUGAGUACGAGGCCGACGACGAUGAGGAGGUGAUCGAGGAAAACAGAUACCUGAGUGAAAUGCAGCCGUUUGCGGUGAUCACCUCUGACGAGGAGGCAGAGGUCAACGGAGCCAAGACCAGAGUCCGGACGUAUCCAUGGGGGUCGAUCGACAUUAACAACAGCGACUACUCGGACUUCCCUGUUCUCAAGUCUGUUUUGUUGGGAUCGCAUUUGCAGGACCUCAAGGACAUCACACACGAGUUUUUGUACGAGAGCUACCGUACAGAAAAGCUGAUGACGGUGACCGAGCUGGACGAGCUUCACGAGGCAAAUGCCAAUGGAUUGCCUAUCGAUCCGCCGUCAAUGUCCAACUUGGCAGACAUUGCCAACUCCAAGUCGAUGGCCAACUUCGACGGCCCAUACAGAGCCCCUUCGAUGCUGUCUGACGCCACUGCAGGCACCACACGGGUCACCAAGGACCAGAAGGUGAACAGUCUCACCUCCAAGAUGGGUAGUGCCUCGUUACAAGAGCCGCCUGAGAUCCUCAAGGGCCGUCCGGACUCAAACUACUCGUUCCAGGACGACGCAGAACUCACCUCGUUGGUCGACGACGAGGUCGACAAGUCUGCUCCAAAUGCAUCUGUUGGUACGCCUCCAGGAACGUCGCUCACAUCCCCAAGAAUCAACCACUCUCCGUCGGUUUCUUCGUUGUACUCGGGCUCGGGCUCCGUCAAUGCUAGACAGCUACGUAAGAUCAGCGAGACUGUUCCGUACCUGUUGAAGCACGAGAGCCUUCUGUCGAAACAACAGAAGCUGGAGGAGCUGGAGCGGAAGUCAGCUAGGGAGCUGGCCAAACGUGCGUCGGAGCUGGAAAAGAGAGCCAUGGAACUGAAACAGAGAGAAAAGCUGUACAAGGAACAACUGGCCAAAAACACCCCACCGGCCGUCCAGGAAGAGGUGCCGGACUCGACGCUCGACAGCGCUAGCUUUGUUGCUGGAGACGACAAGGACUAA